GACUCCAACCACACGUUACACAGGUAUUUUUCAUGGAUUAAUCAAUCUCAGACCUUUUGUUUUCUUCUUCCUUCUCAGAUCAUUCCUCUGGAAUACCACCGAUUUGACCAGAUCGCAGCUGGAAAUUAUGCCCAUGUCCGCUUUGCACUUGCAGAUAAAUAGUAAUCCAUCUCACAAGAAGAGAAGUUGAGAAAUGAUCCGAGAAAUCGACAGGCAAUCGGCAAAACUUACUGCAAGAAUUCGUUUGCUCUUCUUAAUUCUGAGUCUUGUUUUUCGAUCUAUUUCUAUUCCCCCCCGAAUUUGGCCUUCUACAGCGAAUGCCUAGAAUCUUUUGGUCGAGUAAUGAACAGCAAGGCUUUUAUUCAAGAACUCAUCAAAUGACAAUUAUACCUUAAAGUCUCAGCCCCCCAAAAGUACUGUAGCCUACAAUUUUCUUACUCGAAAUGAGCCUUUCUUGACAUUCAUCCAUCUUGUAUCUUACUAUCAAAAUUUCAUCUCAAACAUCAUGCCUCAAGUUCUACCUGGUGAUGUAACUGGCUUAUACUAUAUUUUGGUCAGCAACCUUCCAUGGUCAUGCACAUGGCAAAUUCUAAAAGACUUCGCACGAAAAAGUGAUUCUAAGGGAAAGUGCCUUGCAAUCGAACAUGCGCAGGUAUAUCCAGGGUCGACUUGUGGAUGGGUGACAGUGCGUGGAAAGGACGACUUCCUUAAAGCACUCCAGUACUUACAAGGUGGAACUAUGGGAAAUCGAGCGUUGUGUGCAGAUGGUCGCAAUGAAACGAAGCCGAUUCAAGUGCGGGAUCUUGCUGUCCCGUGGACCACCUCACAUUCUUGCGGAGAUUUUUCAAGAACAAGAAAGGCACUCCCAACACCAACAUCUUCGGGGUCUCCAGUAUCUGCGAUGCCAAUUCAACAAAUACCAUUCGUCGAAAUUGCUCCUUUAACCGAAAACACAUAUUUCUCUACUUCUACAUCAGCCAAAUUUAAUGCCCGAGGUUUGACUCAGAUUCAACAAGUACAGAGCAUUGAAAUGUGUCCAAAUGUCCCAAUACCGCAUACAUAUCCAUCUAUGUUGUAUGCCGGUGAUAUGGCACCAGAUACGCCAGUAUAUAUACAACCUGCUCCACAGUUAUUCGCAGCGUCUCCUCCAAUCUCUUACAUGAUUCAACAAUCUGACAAAAUGACAAUUGUAAAAAGCAAAGUCAUCAUUACCCAGCUUCCUCGAGAAACUUCGACUUCUUGUCUAGAAACUCACUUAUACAACGUAAUAAAAUCCAAAUAUCACGGCAGUGCAUCAACCGAGAACCCUCUUGAUGCCCUAAUCAAUAUGAAUAUCGAAAAGCAUCCAGAUGGGAGGCAAAAGUGUCAUACUUUCCUGGCUUUUGGCACGCAUAAUAUGGCCCAGGCUAUGGUGGAAAUGCUUGAUGGUGUGGUCUUUCGUGGAAAGAUUCUGCGAGUAAAGCUUGCAAAAGAGGGGGCAGAAUCCAGAGAACAGAGGCAAGACUCCAGGUCCAUCAAAUCAAGACCUAUGGUAUUUCAGGGAAGGAAACUAGUGAGACCCAAGGAAAUCAGGGGGAGAAAGAUCCCGACAAUGGAAGAAAGAGAGAGGGAUAGAAUUUUAGCAGCCAGGUCAAGUACUGUAGCUGCUGUGGCUGCAGUAGCAGCGCAAGCGAAGACAGGGGCAGAUGCAAAGGUGGAGUCACCGAUGGUGGUGAAUGGAUCGACUCCGGAGACCAACUCCUAGUAAUUGACCAAACAGGUACUUCACGGUCCUCGAGACUGGUUCCAUGAGAAACACUCUGUAUCAAGACGGGGACAAUAUUGAUAUUUAAAGCGAGCGAGGCAGGCGUUUUUGGGGCUUAGAUAACCAUAAGCAUAUGGUACUGGCGAAUUCGAUAGGUGGAAUGUAUUGUGAGCAUUUAUGAUGGCCACUGAUGGUUCUUCUGCAGGGGAGUUCUCGGUUUUCCUGGGACCACAGCGCUGUAUUUCAUCUUUCACGCAGCUGAUGCACUAGAGUCUAUCUCGAGGCGGGCCUAGCAGGCAUCGUCGUUAAUUUCCAGAGUGAACAGUAGAGGAUUGAAGCAGCCCACAAUAGAGUCAUUCUUAGUUACUUGUGACAAGUCUGGACGUUUGCUACAUAGUUCAUCUCCCCAACAAUGAUAUCUAAAACACA